AUGUCCAAAGUCCUAAUAGCAGAAGGACUUGGCUACAACUUACUGAGCGUCAGUCAGUUGAUGGCGAAAGGCAUACAUCUGGAAGCCGACAGUACCACCCAGGAGUUCAAGCUGUACCACGGGAAGGGCGGCCUCUACAUCGGAAAGGCGGUCCUGAAGAACAAUGUCUUCGUUCUCGAUUUCGUCCCAGACCUGGGCACCGCAGACAGUGACGGGAUCGUCACCUUCACAUCUUGGACGCACCCGCCGGAUCUCGACCCCGACUUCAGUCCGGAAGGCUUUUGGUAUUCACAUACCAUUCCUGAAGCAGAACGAACACGUGCGUUAGUAACAAUACAACAUUCGGCAGCAGCAGAGACAACAUCGGCAGCAACAGAGACAACAUCGGCAGCAGCAGAGACAACAUCGGCAGCAGCAGAGACAACAUCGGCAGCAGCAGAGACAACAUCGGCAGCAGCAGAGACAACAUCGGCAGCAGCAGAGACAUCAUCGGCAGCAGCAGAGACAUCAUCGGCAGUAGCAGGAACAACAACAGUAGCAGCAACAACGACACCACUCCUCGUUGAUGAAGCACCACCAACACCCGCACAGCAGCUGAAUCCGGCUCAACGGGAAGUCCAUAGAAGCGCAAACUUCACCGCCAGCUUCUACUCCAACUCCGACGCGUAUCGACGCUCACCCGGACACCGCGCCUCCGAAGACAUCUGGCACGCACGCAUGGGACACCCAAGCAACACUGUGUUAAACAACACAAUAAGAGCAGGAGUCCUUGACAAGGACUCGUUACUACUACUCGACGGCAGAGAACUUCAACGGGCACGAGGAACAUGUCUUACCUGCCCCGAAGCCGACUUACCACAUCGGCCGUUCACUCCUCAUCACAACCCGAGCACACCCGCGUACGCACCACUCAAAAAGGUGUAUAGCGACAUCCUGUACAAUCGGGAACCAGGACAAGUAAUAUACAACUACACAAUCACCUUCAUCGACGCCGCCACCCGUUACGUCUGGCAUCUAAACCUACCCAGCCGCGACAUGGUCCUCGAAGCAUUCGCUGCUUGGCUACCAGUAGCAGAAAGAGAGUCGGGCGUAAAGCUGAAAAGCUUCCAGUCUGACGGAGGAGGAGAAUACACCUCUCAGCGAUUCAAGCAGUACCUGGCGGAAAGGGGAAUCAAGCAGCUCCUCUCUCUUCCCUACGCCCAUCAGCAGCAAGGUGUAGCAGAAAGAAUGAACAGGACUCUGCAGAACAGCAUGCGCAAACUGUUGCGUGGCAUGCGGCUACCCAACCACCAGUGGCCUGACGCGAUGGACCACGCUGUCAUGCUGCACAACUUGCUCUCAUCUUCAUCACUACCGAACAACGCAUCACCGCAUCUGCUGUGGACAGGAAAACAGGGCAGCACAAAAAUGUUACGAGUGUUCGGAUGCAUGGUACAGUACCGACCCCCAGCAGCACGAGCGGGCCGAUUUUCACAACGCGCACAGUGGGGACUACACCUCGGCAUCGAAAAGAACUACAACGCGUGGAAAAUCUUUGACGUCCACUCCAAGGAAACAGUAGCAGCACGCGACGUCAUUUUCUACGAACGACUCACGCUCCAGACAUACCUUGCCAACCUGCAAGAGGACCAAGAUCCCACAGGUGGUUUUCGUGGUGACCGAGCCUUCACCUCGGCAGCAGACGAAGCUGACUGGGACGAGCAGAAUGUGGCCAACGCAUCAGAAGAAGCUGGACCCCUUCCGUUCUGCUCCGUCGACGUCCCCAUGGACGAAGAUAACCCUCGCGAAAGUGUCAACGCCGAAACCUUCUACUACUUCGCCGACAACGGUUACGUAACACCUGCGACAGUCAACACCAACGAAGCAGAACGAGUAGGACCGAAUUUCAUACCUGAUCCAGAAGCGGGAGAUGAAGCAGCUUAUCCCGAGGAUGCAACUCUUCCCCGCUACUCACAGACUGGAGUGCAGAUUCUCGGACUCGUCACCGCAGUCCACGGCAACACUCUUCCUAAGGAGCCUGCGACGGUUCAGCAGGCUCUGGGGGGGGAACACAGGGAAAAAUGGCGUGAAGCCAUGGACAGAGAGUUAAAGGCGCUGGAGGAACGGAACACCUGGAAAGUUGUCCCCAUCAGCGUGGCAAGGAACAAGACCAUUCUCACCGGGAAAUGGGUCUUCCGCGUUAAAACAAAAGCAGACGGCACAAUUGAGAAGUUCAAAGCACGCUGGGUUGUGCGUGGAUUCGAUCAGGAGCACGGACGGGACUUCACCGAGACAUUCGCCCCGGUUAGCCGACAUACCUCACUUCGAAUCCUCCUCGCGAUCGCCGCCAUGAAGAAAAGGAAGCUACGGCAAAUCGAAGUCGCCAACGCGUUCCUCUACGCACCUGUCGACGUGGAAAUCUUCGUCGAGCUCCCACACGGUACCAACGGGGAACCUAACCAAGUCUGUCAACUGCUGAAAUCACUUUACGGGAUCAAGCAAGCUCCGCGGCUAUGGCAACAGUACCUACACGCUCGCCUCAUUCGCAUCGGAUUCCGCCAACUACCUCACGACCAAGGAAUGUACCGACUCACUAAAGACACCGACUACAUUCUGCUGAUCGUCUACGUAGACGACCUACUCUACAUCGGCUCCACUGACGACAUCACCACCUGGUUCGAAGGGGAGCUACAGAGGGACCUCACACUCACGGUCUCCUCUACCGUCACACAGUACCUCGGCUUGAACAUUCGGGAAGAAGAAGGCGCGAUCUACCUCAACGCCGCUAAGUACGCCGACACCAUCGCCAAACGCUUCGCGCUCACACCUACCACCAUCUCUACGCCCUACCGCUACGCGACAGGAAACCACAAGGAAGGAUCCUCUCUACUCAAAUCCGCCGGGAUACGCGACUACCAGAGAAAGCUAGGAUGCCUUCUCUUCGCAGCUGUCACCUGCCGCCCCGACCUCUCAUACUCCGCAAGCCAGCUUGCCACCUACCUCAAGAAGCCUGAAGCAGAACACCUGGCGGAGCUCGACCGCGCUCUCCACUACUUCGUCAACGAGAUUGAGAAGGGGAGACUUGAACUAUCCUACUGUCCCACGUCCGAGAUGGCAGCUGACUACUUGACCAAGAAGCUCGGAAAACAGAAGUUCGAGUACUGCAUGCUGCUGACUGGACAAAGCCACGUCACCAGCAGCGACACUCCAGAAGCGAAGGGGAGUGUUGGGAACAAACAAUCUUAA